AGGAGGCUCCCAGCAGAGCAGCGGGCAGUGAACGGCAGAGCGCGCACCGGACCAGCUCGUUCUAACUUCAUAUCCCCCCCUCUCCUCGUAUACUCCGGCAGCUCCAGCUGCAGACCCGCAUCGGACUAUACCGGGCUACCUACCGGGCUACCUACCGGGCUAACUACCGGGCUAACUACCGGCUACAGAGAGACUCCAGACCGGUCGUCAUCGUGUGUCUUACUUACCGGAGACUGCGGAUUUUACCCGGGUCUCUUCCAGUGGAUACUGAGAGUGCGCGCCGCCUCCCUGAGAUAACAACAAAGUGCACGGACAUUAAGUGUGCUGGUAUUUGUUGAAGAGCUGCUGGGACAUCACAUCUAUCACAUCUUUCACAUCUAUCUCUCUCCGUGUGCCGGUCCAGCCGUCUUUUAUAUCCCCACCCCCCGGUUUAACUGCACCGGUCAGACUCGGGAAGAGCAACAGCCUCCACCGGAGAGCAUCAGAGAGCAUCAGUGAGGUAGAAAAGCCCUUCAUACAAGCUGCAACCAUGGAUGAGAUGGACCUGCCCCAGAUGAAGAAGGAGGUGGAGAGCCUCAAGUACCAGCUGGCCUUCAAACGAGAGAAGUCCUCCAAAACAGUGACUGAUUUGGUAAAGUGGAUAGAGGACGGCGUCCCAGAGGAUCCCUUCCUGAACCCAGAGCUGAUGAAGAACAACCCAUGGGUGGAGAAAGGAAAGUGCAUCCUUCUCUAGAAGAAACCAACCACCCUGCCACGGCCUUUCAACUUUAACCACGCUGGCCAACACACACCUGAUGACCCCUGAACCUGACCCUCCUGUCCCGGGCCUGUGACGGCCCUGACAGGACAGCGCCUCCUAACCUCUCACCGUGAAUGUACAACAGCUGAUGUCCCCCAACACACACACUCCAACAAGGGCACAGAAACACACACUGACAGAGAAACACACUCACACACUCCAAACUUUGGGUUUCUCCCUGACCGCUACACAUUCACUGCAAGUUUAUUCCUGCCACGGCAAUGCAUCAUUACUACGAUAUAUGAAGACGAUGAUCAAUAUUAUUACAUGUCUCUGUAUGAUAUAUGAUGACUUAUUUAUGCAGCUGCCAGUCACACACUUUCUCUGCUCUUUUACAAUCUCUACUCUUUUUUUUUCCAUUUCCAUGUUGUAAUAAACUGUAGUCACAUUCUUACUGCCAGACUGACUGCAGAUCUGCUAGGGGGAUUUUGUUCCACGUUGAGAUACAAACCACUUGCUCUUACAAAAUGAUCAUAAAACCAGAAUAAAGUUUUGGUACUUUAUCGAUUGAAAGUUAAUAAAUUGCGCAAGUUUGUGGUUGACAAAAUAACUACAUUAAAGCUGUUAACGCCAUGUUAAAACUAAACCAUACCAUAAGAACCUACAAUGAUUCAUAAUUAAAUCAAGCUUAUUUAUAGUACAAUAUAUUUAUACACCAAGGAUUUGCUAAUGUUGGCUUACAGACAAUGGUUUUAAUGUUUUACAAUUCCCCAAAGGUUAGGGUUAGAAAUCUGACUAACCUCAAGGCCAUAACACACCGGGGGUGUGACGAAUGAGAUGAGACAUGAAUAUGAGUAAUACUUGCCUGCGAAUCUUAUAUGUGUAGGGCUUUUAUUGUGAAAGGUAAGAACGGAAGGAGUGGAUCUGGUCUGCGCUGAGUAAUAAAGUUGGCCGUCCUGAUUCGAACUACGGAGCCUCCAUGUUGUUGCUGCAUAAAUAUAGGUGCAUCUCAACCCGUUCCUCCGAGACCAUGAUUGGUCGAUGCCUUUAUUCGCGAUGCGAAUACUCAAAAAAAUCAACCUUGUCCCCAAAAAUAUAUUGAUGCGAAUUAAUCACUUAAAAAAACGCCCCCGGUGUGUAAAGGCCUUAAGAACCGUAGGACCUACAUGUAGGGGACAUUAAGAGUCAUGGCUGUAUUGUAUAUGAAGCUUUAAGUAAAGUAAGAUUAAAUCCAGAUGUGAUUUAAUACUCUUGUAUUUACACAAACGGGAUUGCUUGGUUUUCUUGGGCUGCAUGUAAAUCAGCGUUGGCUUUACUCUAGAAUAGAGGGUGAUGGUAAUGAGGUGGUUCAAUAACGCCAAGAAACGCAGAAGAAUACCUUGAGCGAAGUAUUAGUUUAGUUACGAUAAUGACAGCUCAGCUAGCUGGCUAAUAGUUAUCCAUAGUAAGCUAACACAAACAUAUGAAUAAUUAAUAUUUAGUGGUUUGUGCAAUUGGAUUUCAGUCCAUCUCGAAUGCUUCUCGGAUGCAGGUGUGUAAAAGCCAUUGUGACAAUAUGAAUUUCAUUAUUAUCAAUUUUAAAUCUUUAUAGGUUCUUAUGCUGCAUUUUCAAACUAUAAACAUGUUCUUUGUUAACCAAUUACUUAACUUUAAUAUGUUAACCACAAACUUAAUUAACAAAUUAUGCCAGACAAAUUAGUUUGUACGAAGUGUCAUCUGACCAUGUCGGGGGGACUGCCCAUUGUUCCGAAGGCCCAUUGCUCCGAAAAUACACACUCCCUGCGCAACAAACAGAAGAACGUAGCUAAUUAUUAUGCAGAAUGACAUUAACGGAACUUCCCGUCUCAUUUGCCUUGAAACUUUCAUUGGUUGGGUUGGUUGGGUUUAGGCAUGAGGAGUGAAAUUAGGGUAGUGGCUAGAAGGGAGCCUGCAAACUGAGGAAACUCUCAAGAUUGUUAAGGUUAAGCAUUGAUCUCGAAUAGUUAAGGUUAGGGAUUGACCUGAAACAGUUAAGGUUAGGAAUUGACCUCAAAUUGGUACGGUUAGGAUAGGUCUUCGGGCAGCGAGUCUCGCGGGAGUUUUUGCAAAUCAGCUUCAUGCCUUCGACCGGGAAGGUCCGAUGAAGCCAUUUUGCAUAAUAAUUAGCCAUGUUCGGAAUAACGGGCUGUCAGGAAAUUUUUUGGGCUAUUGGGGUUUCGGAACAAUGGGCCAUCGGAACAAUGGCACAGCACCCAUACCGGAACACAAAAGUGUUUGUGGCAGUUCCGAUCUGCUAGGGUGAACAGCCUUCCGUCAAAGAGACAAACAAAGAACGAACAUGCACAAGUUAAGAAAAGUUCACAGUGACAGCGAAAAUUGCGUUUUCAGUUUCACUUCUAUCCUCCCAGUGUGACUACUUACAGUUUUCAUAUGUACGUUUUGAUUUCACACAACAUGCAACGCAUGGUUUUCACAUUUACAUUCUGAAGACGAGAUCUGCAACCGGUGUUGUUUUGCUUCACUGUCAUUAGGUCAGAAAGUUUCAUAGCAGCUCAGUUUGUGUUGUCGAAGCAGAAUGAAGCUAUGGUGUCUCUAGGGGGCGGGGGUGGGUUGAGUCUACUGCUCCUUCUCCGCCUUAGCUACAGCCCCCUAAGGACAACAUGCAACAUCAAACGAACCAUGCACGCACACCGUCUCUCUCCACACAUGUACAGGCCCUUUAACUUAACUUAUUAACUUAUUACUUGGUUUAUUUAUUCAUUUAUUUAUUGAUGAGACCUUUCUCUCACCUUAGUUUUUGUGUCCUAUGUCUGCACCCCCUCUUCCUCCUACCCCAACUCAAAAGAAAAAAACAGAAAGACCAAAAAAAACAACAAGAAGAAAAAAGACUACACCUUGCCAGAUCACCAUCUACUACUGCCUUGUACACAGUUUCCUUAAAACGAGAAUGUAAAUAUACGGCAUGAUAACCACUGACCUCAGAACUGGCCUGUGUGUGCGUGCACAUGACUGUAAUUGUGUGUUUAUGUGUGCGUAUUCUUUUUUUUCUAAAAAGUGCAUAAAUUUGGACAUUAGGCCCCGUUGUGGAUUGUGAAACACACACACACACACACAUACUAUACAUGCACACACAAUCAGCUGUGUCACACACACAGGCAGGCCUGAAGCCGAGCAGAUCAACAAAACACACACACACACACACACACACACACGCUGCUUAUUGAGAAUGUGUAUGAGGGGAGGAGUGGCAAGGAUGUGGGAUUCUCUAAAUGACUUGGGACAGGAGAGCCUCACAUCAUCUCAGUACUGUAAUGAGUCUCAUUAUAUAACAUUUUCUUCAAGAUGACCCGAUUCCCCAAUGGCUACUCAGUGCUUGGAUGACUUUGGUCCUAUAACGUGUAACAGAAAAUGUUUAAUUUUCCCCUUUUCUUAAAUUAAUUUCAACAAUGA